UUGCAGAAUGUUUUAUUGGAUCAGUGAGAGAUGGCGCUCAAAGCCCUGAUUUUCCUCACAGUUUCUCUCCAUCUUUCAUCAGCAGUCACACACUCUCUGCAGUACUUCCACACUGGAGCUACAGGAAUAAAUUUCCCAGAAUUCACUGCUGUUGGUCUGGUGGAUGGAGAGCAGUUUGUGUACUACGACAGUAACAUCAGGAAGAAGAUCCCAAAGACGGAGUGGAUACAGAAGAAUGUGGGAGAAGAUUACUGGGACAGUGAGACACAGAGUGCCCAGGGUAAUCAGGCAUGGUUCACAGUCAGUCUGCCUAAAGCAAUGCAGCGCUUUAAUCACACGCCAGGAGUUCACACACUACAGGUGAUGUACGGCUGUGAGCUGGAUGAUGACGGCACCACUAGAGGAUACUUCCAGUUUGGUUAUGAUGGAGAAGAUUUCAUCAGUCUGGAUCUGAGAACUCUCACCUGGAUCACUGCAACACCUCAAGCUCUGAUCAACAAGAACAAGUUGGACUCUACAGGAGCUGAGGCUCAUCACUGGAAGCGCUACCUGGAGAGCACCUGUAUCGAGUGGUUAAAGAAGUACGUGUCUUACGGCAGAGAGACUCUGGAGAGGAAAGUUCGUCCCGAGGCGUCAGUGUUCCACAAACACUCUCCUUCUCCAGAGGUGGUGUGUCACGCUACAGGUUUCUUCCCCAAAGCAGUGCUGAUCACCUGGCAGAAGGACGGAGAGGACCUGAUUGAGGACGUGAAGCUCACAGAGACGUUACCCAACCAGGAUGGAAGCUUCCAGAAGAGGAGCAUUCUGAAAGUCCCAGCUGAGGAGCUGCAGAAACACAAAUACACCUGCGUGGUUCAGCACAGCAGCUUGGGGAUGGAGUUAGAGCGAGAAGUACCGAAAGAUGGAGAAUCAGGAAGAGGAUCAGAUGGAGGGCAGAUUGGAGUCAUCAUUGGUGUCGUCGUGGCUGUCGUCGCUGGUGUCGCUGCUGUUGUCUUCUGGAAGAAGAGGAACUCUGGAUUCAAACCUGUUCCCCCCAAACCCUCCUCUGAAGGAGAUUCUUCCUCCAACAACUCUUAAACUGUGGCUGUGUGUCUUCCUGCUGGAGUGAGAGAGUAAGACAUGAUGAUGUUUACAGUGUAAUAUGGAAUAAAA